AUGUCGUUGAAUAUACAUAUCAAGUCAGGACAAGACAAGUGGGAAGUAAAUGUGGCACCUGAAAGCACAGUGUUGCAAUUCAAGGAGGCGAUAAACAAAGCGAACGGUAUCCCGGUGGCAAAUCAGAGAUUGAUCUACUCGGGUAAGAUUUUAAAGGACGACCAAACCGUGGAGUCAUACCACAUUCAAGACGGUCACAGCGUCCAUCUGGUCAAGUCACAACCCAAACCACAAACCGCCAGUGCCGCUGGCGCAAAUAACGCCACCGCCACCGGUGCAGCAGCUGGCACUGGCGCCACCCCGAACAUGUCGUCAGGUCAAAGUGCAGGCUUCAAUCCGCUGGCCGACUUGACCAGUGCCAGAUACGCUGGAUAUUUGAAUAUGCCAUCUGCAGACAUGUUUGGCCCGGACGGUGGUGCAUUAAACAACGACUCGAAUAACCAAGACGAGCUGUUGAGGAUGAUGGAAAACCCCAUCUUCCAAUCGCAAAUGAACGAGAUGUUGAGUAACCCUCAGAUGUUGGACUUUAUGAUCCAGUCCAACCCGCAAUUGCAGGCCAUGGGUCCACAAGCCAGGCAAAUGCUACAAAGUCCCAUGUUUAGACAGAUGCUCACCAAUCCUGAUAUGAUUAGACAGAGCAUGCAAUUCGCAAGAAUGAUGGACCCUAAUGCCGGUAUGGGCUCUGCAGGUGGGGCUGCCUCUGCCUUCCCCGCUCCUGGUGGCGAUGCUCCAGAGGAAGGCUCCAACACGAACACUACUUCCUCAUCCAACACAGGGAACAACGCAGGGACUAAUGCAGGUACCAACGCAGGCGCUAACACAGCUGCAAACCCAUUUGCGUCUCUUCUGAACCCUGCAUUAAACCCCUUUGCUAACGCGGGAAACGCUGCAUCCACCGGGAUGCCCGCCUUCGAUCCUGCAUUGCUAGCGUCUAUGUUCCAACCCCCUGUACAAGCAUCUCAAGCAGAAGACACCAGACCACCGGAAGAACGCUAUGAACAUCAAUUAAGACAACUAAACGACAUGGGCUUCUUCGAUUUCGAUAGAAACGUCGCAGCCCUCAGGAGAAGCGGUGGCUCCGUCCAAGGCGCUCUUGAUUCACUACUGAACGGCGAUGUUUAA